GUCGCACAUUCUUCUGGUUCGCAUAGGUACAAAAACAAAGGGCACGAUAGACUCUCCACCGAUCACUGCAUUCUCCAAUCUUGUUGUCGUUAUUCUUUCUGAACCUUCUCGAUUCGAAUUUCUUAUCCUAAUCCCUAAGGGAGUCACUGAUUUCGCUGCUACCGUGCUGUGUUCAGUGUUCAGUGUUCACGUUGCUGUGAGACAUUCGUUGCUAUUUUGUGUUCUGGCUGUGUUAACCGCGGAGAGAUGCGUCAAUUAGGUUCACCUGCGUGGAGUUUCCGGUGAAUACGAUUGAUAAAUGAUUCUACAAUCUUCUUCUUCUUGUCCUAGUUUCGAUUUGUCCCACGCUUAUGUGUCUCGUCGUAUGCUUUGUCCCUGCUCCAAUGAGCACGGCCUGAUUGUGUUCUGCGAUGGCUUCGCGAGGAGGCGGCUUCUCCGUCGGAAUUUUAGAGUCCAUGCGGCUAAUGCGAAUUCGAAUUCGAAUUUGAGGUUUGUUUCCAGCGGGAUUCGUAGUAGUGAUGCGAAGAACAUAGGAUUAGCGGAUUCUGCGAGAAGAACUGCGAGAAGUCUCGUGGUUACUCGAUUUUCAAAUGAAUUCGAGGAUGAAGAUGUAUCGUCGUCUUCGCAGGAGUCUGUAAUUCAAGGUGACCGAAGCAAUUUCACUAACUUUAGAGAAGACCCGAUUGUGGAUAAGCUCAGGACUCAGCUAGGUGUAAUCCAUCCAAUCCCCACGCCACCGAUUAGUCGUAAUGCCAUUGGUUUGUUCGCCUUCUUCUUCUUUGUUGGUGUUAUUUGUGACAAGCUAUGGACCUGGAGAAAGAGGCGGAGGCAAAUGAGCAGUGACGGAGGCCAAAGAGGAGCCGGGCCAUGGGCACAGGUUCCCACUAGCUUUGCGCUGUCCCUUGAGAAGGAUUUGCAAAGGAAAGAGUCGGUGGAGUGGGUUAAUAUGGUGUUGGUAAAGCUCUGGAAAGUUUAUAGAGGUGGGAUUGAGAAUUGGCUUGUUGGAUUGUUGCAGCCAGUUAUUGAUGACUUGAAGAAGCCAGAUUACGUGCAAAGGGUUGAAAUAAAGCAAUUCUCUCUUGGGGAUGAGCCUUUGUCUGUUAGAAAUGUUGAGAGGAGGACAUCCCGCCGUGUCAAUGACUUACAGUACCAGAUUGGUCUUCGAUAUACUGGUGGUGCGCGGAUGUUGUUAAUGCUCUCUUUAAAAUUUGGUAUCAUCCCAAUAGUCGUGCCAGUCGGUAUUCGGGAUUUUGACAUUGACGGUGAGCUAUGGGUUAAAUUAAGACUGAUUCCCUCUGCGCCUUGGGUUGGAGCAGCAUCAUGGGCUUUUGUAUCACUUCCAAAGAUCAAAUUUGAGCUUGCACCAUUCCGACUAUUUAAUCUAAUGGGAAUUCCUGUUCUAUCAAUGUUCUUGACCAAACUGCUGACAGAAGAUUUGCCUCGAUUAUUUGUCCGCCCAAAGAAAAUUGUCUUGGAUUUCCAGAAAGGAAAAGCUGUUGGCCCUGUUUCAGAAGACUCAAAGUCUGGAGAAAUGCAGGAAGGGAACAAGGAUUUUGUUGGGGAACUUUCUGUUACUCUUGUAAAUGCCCAAAAACUUCCAUACAUGUUCUCUGGUAGAACAGAUCCAUAUGUUAUUCUACGAAUAGGUGAUCAAGUUAUCCGCAGUAAAAAGAACAGUCAAACUACAGUGAUUGGGGCUCCUGGUCAGCCAAUCUGGAAUCAGGAUUUCCAAUUCCUUGUUUCAAAUCCUAGAGAGCAAGUAUUACAAAUUGAAGUUAACGACUGUCUUGGAUUUGCCGAUAUGGCUAUUGGUAACGGAGAGGUGGACCUUGAAUCACUGCCAGAUACGGUUCCUACAGACAAAAUUGUUAGUUUGCGAGGCGGAUGGAGUUUGUUCGGAAAGGGAUCUGCUGGAGAUAUACUACUCCGGCUUACAUACAAAGCAUAUGUGGAGGAUGAAGAAGAUGAUAAACGCAAUGCAAAAGUCACUUAUGCAGAUGCUUCUGAUGAUGAAAUGUCUGAUUCGGAAGAACCUAGCUCAUUCGUGCAGAAUGACAAGAUUCCUUCUGAUGAUAUUAGUCAAGAGUCAUUUAUGAAUGUGCUGUCUGCAUUGAUUUUGAGUGAGGAAUUUCAAGGCAUAGUUUCAUCAGAAUCUGGGAACAAUAAACUUGAUGACGGUGAAUCAAUCGUGACACCAGUUCCUUCAAAGGCUGGGGCGGAUCCAAAAUCUCAACCGAAGGAUCCUGGGAAUGCCAAUAUAUCAGAUUUAGAAGUGAACACUGCGAGUUCCGAUAGAGGUUCUAUUGGUGAUGGAGGAUUAGCAUUGUUGUGGUUCAGUGUAAUCACUUCUGUACUGGCACUCGUUGCUAUCAACAUGGGCGGCUCAAGUUUCUUCAACCCGUAACAUGGUGUUGUAGUUCACUAGCGAUUUCAUUUGCCAAAUAGAAACGCAAAAACCAGUGUGGUGUUUUGUAAAGAUUGUGCAAUGGUACCAUAAUUUUCUCUUCUCGGCCUUAGAGAUGGCUUAUAACGAGGUCACAGUUUUGUGUUACAUUCUAAUGCUGUUGUAUGCAUGUGGAAGAGGGGCGCUUAUUGGCGGCACAAAGUUUUAGGGUCCAUUUCACCCAAUCUCUUACAACUGUGAAUCAACGUGUAUACCAAUGGUUUGUUAUAGUAAAUGAGAAAAAAUAUUCUCUGUUCAAAUAAAGAUUAUUUUUUCUGCAAGGAUUCCCCUUACACAUAGCACGAAGAUACCUUAGCAGCCACCAACUUGUAGGCUUUAGAAAAGUGUUCUGGGAAUUAUUGGUGGGGAAGUUUACACUUGGAAGUAGUAAUGAUUUCUCCACUUAGCUUUUUCUUUCCCUUCUUCUAGAUUUUGUCCCAGUUGUUGGAUACAUCAACUGUAAUAUUCUGCCAUGGUAUGGUGUUCUGGAGGAGCAACAGAAAGUCAACGGGGAUAUCGAUGCGCAUAGUCUAAAGACAAGGGCUUUUAAACCAAGCCAAAGGAGGAAAGAAGUCUCCGUGUCAUGGUUAUAUUUGUUGAGGAGACGCCUUAUAUCUUUCGAUGCUGAAGUAACAUGUUUCCGUUUAAAUUGAUAAAGAGUAGGAUAACAUUAACAGAAUAUAUAUUGUCUAACGGAAAGUCAGGAAAAGUUGGAAAACCAAAAGAUAUGUUAAAAGUGGAAUAAUUGAUUGUUAUUGCUCAAAUCAUGGGUUUAUAUAUAUAAUGUUAAACACGAA